GGACUUCCGAUGAACAUAAUUUGGUGGCCAAGAAACCUUCGAUGUCGAUUGAGGAGUUCGAAAAGGAGGAAGUCCAAAUUGAUUUCAAUGACACCGCUGGUAGCUUUUUCAACUUCUUCGGUCACGAAGAAGAUAUGUAUGAAUUACACACCAACCUCUUGGAAAUUCAUUCCAAAGCACUAGACCUCUACGCAGGAGUCGUUGAGGCCGGCAACCACGAAUUAGCGUACAGUGAUGAGGAGGAGGACGAGGAGGACGACGAUCCCAAUCAAGUUGUUGAUCUGGAGUCCGAACCCAACGAUGAGCCCAAAAAGAAAAAAGCCAAAGUGUCCGCAUGAGAAGUGUGUAGUUGCGCCCCCAUCUGGCUGUAUGGUGUGAUCACUUGAUCAUCACACUCGACCCACUUAGAAAUACCCUUGUCUCCUCUUUAGAGAUGGAUUUAUCUUUCCUAUGUUUCUCUUUGACAGUAUAUCUUCAAUUAGUUGUCCAGUCACCCCCGGUCACCUUCAACGUACUCCAUCGAUAUCACCCUGUCUUUUUCAGUUCUUUUGUUCCUCUCCGAUUUGGCCGUUACUCCUGAAAUGUCCUUGGAAGAAACAAGUAGUGCAUACAUGCAUGUGUUCUUCCACGAGUUUUCCACUUUUCCUUUAGAGAAACCACAAAAAACAAAAUGAAAGAAUACAAUGCAACAAGUGCUUUUCAUAUACCCUUAUAUCCAGCUUCACCCUUUAUCAACAACAUUGUUAAGGAAAUAUCGAUUUCAAUUGCUUUCAUCGUAUCAUCUAUGUCUACCAUGCCGAGGAACGUUUUGAGGCUCUUUUAUCUCGAUAUCACUGGAGCUUUUCAAUGUACAAGAAACAUUAUACAAAGUCUCAUUGGUUGUUUGGUCUACAUCACACAGAGAUAUCAAUGUAAGGUAGAAAACUGAUGGAACUCCCAAGCAUUAUCAUUCUCGUCUCAAUUGACUGGAUAGAUGAUUGGAGUAACCAGGAG